UAUCCUCAAUUGUCGCAACACCAUAUCAGGGAUGAGUAGGUUUGACUGAAACCUAAUCCCCUGAUUUUUUCUCAAUCUGAACCAUAUGAGAAUGGAGAUAUCCUUUGGACAGUUCUCCCCGCCCACCGGCAAAAUGACAUCUUAUGCGUUUAGUUUACUUUAAAAAUGAAUUAUCCAAUAAUUAUUGCCUUAUUUUUCUUCACAAUAAUUCUACUUAUUAAUGCAGCACCGCAAUAUGAUCUUUUUUCUGGACAACAUAUAGGUGCGCAUGGAACAGGAAUGGGGCCAUCUACCUAUUCUUGGAACUUUCCAUUCUGGAGAUUCUUCAAAAGUUAA